AUGAUCUCAUUUUCCAAGAGCAUUGACACCCUUCGUCGACAUGUGCGACAGAGGCACCCAGAAGAUGAGCCGAUGAUUCCUACCAGGCAGGCCUGCGUCAAUUGUCGGACUCUCAAAGCCCGCUGUGAAGGCGGGCCACCCUGCACCGGAUGUCUACGCCGCCGUAUUCCCUGCUCCUUCCAUGACCAUCCAAAAGGGUCGACGGGAGACAAUACUUUCGGCCAGAUGAGCAAGCCGGAUCGCCCCGUCAAGACACAAGACUUCCUGGAGCUCUACUUUCAACGAUUUCAUCGACAUUGGCCAUUCGUUCACAGAGGAUCAUUCAACCCGAGCAAUGAAACCCCGCUACUGAUCCAGUCGAUGGUUGCCAUUGGGAUGUGGGUUUCUAAUGUGCCGAAGACGCAGUCUGCAGCAAUCGACCUCCAUCAGACCCUCAACGAGGCCAUCUAUCAACAAAGAGAUAAGUGGGAUGCGUCUAUUGCAGACAAUGUGUCGAGCAUGUGCACCUGGCCGAUCCCCAUGUACCAGGCAAUCCUGCUCCACAUCAUCUUUUCUUUGGUAUCCGCUGGCAGUACCCCUGUGGGCCUUGAUUUGAAACCUUCACUACCUGGUAUUGAGGCUGGUCUUCUCGCCUCAUUAGUGGGGAGCUGCAGGGAGUUGGGCAUGUUCCAAUAUCGGAACAUCCUUGCGCGAUACAAGCCCGGUGAUCUUCCUACGUUUGUUUGGGUCGGGGUUGAAGAGGUGAAGCGGUUUGUUCUAGCCCUUUACAAGGUCUGUAGCGCUCUGAGCUGCGAUGGGCACACUGCCAAUUUCGAAGAAUGUACCACUCCGCGGGUGCUGAGCUGGUCGCUCCCUGCAAGCGAGUUACAGUUUCCACCACCAACGCAUGAUCUGCUCUGGAAUGCUAAAGGGAGAGAGGAAUGGAUGUCUGCCGCCGAAGAUGUUGACUGCAUAGAUUUAGGCGAUAUGAUGGAGUCGGAGUGGAUCUCCAAGUCGGCAAAUAUUUUGCAGCUUGCCUAA